AUGGUCAACGUGGUUUUAGGUUCCCAAUGGGGAGAUGAAGGUAAAGGUAAAUUGGUGGAUUUAUUAGUCGGUCACUAUGACAUUGUGGCUCGUUGCGCUGGUGGUAACAACGCCGGUCAUACUAUUGUGGUAAAUAAUGUCAAGUAUGAUUUCCACAUGUUGCCAUCUGGUUUAGUAAAUCCAAAUUGUCAAAACUUGUUAGGUAACGGUGUGGUCAUUCAUGUUCCAUCAUUCUUUCAAGAAUUGGAAAAUUUGGAAGAGAAAGGUUUAAAAAAUGCCCGUGAGAGAUUGUUCAUUUCUUCCCGUGCCCAUUUAAUCUUUGAUUUCCACAGAAGAACCGAUAAAUUAAGAGAAUUGGAAUUAGCUGACCAUUCUAAAGAUGGAAAAAAUAUUGGUACCACCGGUAAAGGUAUUGGUCCAACUUACUCUACCAAGGCUUCUCGUUCUGGUCUUAGAGUCCAUCAUUUGGUUAACGAUAACCCUGGUGCUUGGGAAUUUUUCGUAUCCAAGUAUAUGAGAUUAUUAGAGACAAGAAAACAAAGAUAUGGUGAUUUUGACUACGAUUAUGAAGAAGAAUUAGCAAGAUUCAAGCAGUACAAAGAACAGUUAAAACCAUUUGUUGUUGACUCUGUGGUUUUCAUGCACAAUGCUAUAAAAGCUAACAAGAAGAUUCUUGUCGAAGGUGCUAAUGCUUUAAUGUUAGAUAUCGACUUUGGUACUUACCCGUAUGUUACUUCCUCUUCCACUAGUAUUGGUGGUGUCUGUACUGGUCUUGGUAUUCCACCACAUGUUAUUAAUGAUGUUUAUGGUGUUGUCAAGGCUUAUACUACCCGUGUUGGUGAAGGUCCAUUCCCAACCGAACAACUAAACGAAUUUGGUGAUAAAUUGCAAACCAUUGGAGCAGAAUUCGGUGUUACUACUGGUCGUAAGCGUCGUUGUGGUUGGCUAGAUUUAGUUGUUUUGAAAUAUUCAACUUUGAUCAAUGGUUACACUAGUCUAAACAUCACUAAACUGGAUGUCCUUGAUACAUUCGAGACCAUUCCAGUUGGUGUAUCGUAUUCCGUCAAUGGCAAAAAACUAGAUUUGUUUCCUGAAGACUUAAUGACUUUAGGCAAAGUCGACGUUGAAUACGUUAACUUACCUGGUUGGAAUCAAGAUAUUACCAAGAUUACUAAAUAUGAAGAUUUACCAGAAAAUGCUAAAAAAUAUUUGAAAUUCAUUGAAGAUUUUGUUGGCGUCCCAGUAGAAUGGGUUGGUACUGGUCCAGGCAGAGAAUCUAUGCUUCACAAAGACAUUAACUGA